AUGUCGCUUGGUUGCGCGGCCGGCACGAGAGAUGGUACGGCCGGAAGCGUCGCCGCGCCACCUGUUAUCGCUGCAGCGGCUGUAUCCACCAAGUCUGACGGACACCACAAGUGGCAACUGUGGGGACAUUUGUUCCUGUUGGUGGUAGAGUCUCCAUGCUACGAUUUAGUCCUCCGGGAACAUACAGACGGUUGA